GGCUCGAGGCAGGGCCCCCCCAGUGGCCCCCUCAGGAAUGCAGGAAUGAAGCUCGCGUAGCUGCGGGGCAGGCCCCUCCGUACCGAACCCACCGCCCGCAUGCUUCUGGCGGCGCUGGCGUGCGCCGCGGCGCUGUGCGGCGGCGCCGCGCCCGUCGCCUCCUCGGGCCCGGCGCUGCUGCAGGCUGGCGCUCGGGCGCGGGCCGCGGCGGGGAGAGCCGCCGGAGCCGGCGCCCAGCUGAGCCUCGCCGCGGCCGCCGACGGCGCGGAGACCUUGGCUCGGAUCAGGCGGCGUGGCCGGCAGGAGGUGGAGCCGCUGCCGACCGUCGCGCACCUGAAGGAGGCGGGCCGCGGAUACCUGCCCGGGUCGCCCAUGCGGCACGCGCAGGAGCGGCGGUGGGUGCAGUUCGACAAGGAGGCGGCGCAGGACCGCCGCGGCGAGGGCGGCGAGACCGUCACGGUGCAGCCCGUGCGCGCGGUCGGGGGCGAGGCGGCGGCGCGGGAGUACGGCGAGGGCCCCGGGGCGCGCGAGGGCGGCGCGGCGCAGGAGGUGCAGGCUGGCGAGGGGGCUGGCGAGGGGGCCAAGGAGGGCGCGGGGGCCAAGGAGGGCGCUGUCGAGGGCAACGAGGUGGGGCGCGCGGUCGCCGCGCUCAUGCUCUCUGGGCUCGUCGGCGGCAGCGCCGUGUUCGCCAUGACGCAGAUGGCGGUCCCGCACGUCGCCAGCGCGACGGUCCUGGUGGUCGACAGGGUCGUGGCCAUCUUCCUGGCGGUGCUCUGGUUCUCGGCGUUCGACGACAUCCUUCAGGAGGUGGUCCCCCCCGGGCAUCACUGGUGGCUCCUGGCCAUCAAGGUCGUGGUUCUGCUCUGCUCCGCGGUGAUAGCGGCGUGGACGCUGCGGCAGAGGUCUUUCGGGCUCGCCGCCUUCUGCGGGGUUGGUGCCCACUUCAGCGCGUUCAUGGGCACUCACUUUGCGCUCACUGCGCAGAAGAACCACUUCGUCGUCAGCCCGAUACACAGCACGUUCGGAUUUCUCGUGAUUGCCAUGAUGUUUGCCAUCAUGUGCGCCAUUUUGUUCGCCAUAAAGAAGUAUGUGCUUCACGUGAGGGUUGGGAGAAAGUCCCGGGACGAGAGCGUUAACGAAUUCAUGGACAGGUUUGAUGAUUUGGAGAACGAUGUUGUGGCCAUGUCGUUGGCAGCGUAUUGGGUCAUGGUGAUCCGCUUUAUCGUUUGCCAGCAUUACCCUGAGGAGGGCGAAUUGGAGCCUGGAGAGCCACCGCCGCACAAUGGGAAUCAACGACUGUGGCUUCUGAUGUAUGCACUUGCCAUGCUCAUCAUCGGAACUGUCGUUGUUCAUUUCAUUUCGAAGGUCACGAUCAGUGGAUAUGUGCCCAAGCGCGCUGCGGAUAUUUUCAAAACGUUCAUGAUCAAUUCGUGGGUGUUCGCCUUCAUCUUCUGGGCUGAGAUGGAAUUCUUCGAGCAUCCCUUGUGGAGCCUACAGCCCAUGAUCACCCGUAUCACCUUCGCGAGUGUGGUCUCCGCUGCCGCCAUGGUCUGCAUACUUGCGUUCGCUCCAGGCAUCGCUAAGCAGGGCGUGCGAAUGGUGCUGCUACAGUCCGCAGCGCUGAUGGUGGGUAUCGCGUGGGAGCAGGCAUUCGACGCAGCCUUGGAGUCGUAUUUCGAGCCGUACGAAAACACGCACUGGCUAAAGGGAGCCAUGGCCCUGGGCAUCGUGACGCUCGUCCUGCCCAUCUACGUGAUCUACUUCAAGCCGUACAGCCUGAAGGCAGAGAUGGACGAUAAGUGAGGCCUGGAGAAAAUUUCGGGUUCCAGCUGUCGUAGAAGAGACGACUGGAAACACAUAACGUUUGGAGCGCGCGAAUUUCUUAGAUCGGCAAUGGGCUCCCCUGGCGGCGCCUCCGGCGCCGCCCGUGUCGGGCUCCGCGCGCCAGGGAGGGGGAUCGAGCGCGGAUUCAGGAAAUCCGCGCGGACCUCCGGAAGCUUAUGUUUAUACAGUUGUUGUUCUUCUAUUGCAUGUGUUGUCGCGCGUCUCGCGUUGACCAGCCUCAUCCAGACAGGGAGCGUCUCGCUAUCACGGAAGAGAAAACGGCGGAGACCCUUUGGAAGCUAGACUCAAGUGGCAGGCCCCCCACUUUUGUUCGCCCGAAGAUGUUCGGGAUUCCUCCAGGAUCCGUCUCUCAGCAAUACACAUUGGAUCAUGCUUGGUCGAGCAGACGCAUGCGGCAGGACCGGUGGAGGCAGCUGGAACUGCCCAAAGAGGCGAGCUAUUGAUGUGAUGUUAUCAGGAUGUGCGGUGUCCCCAGUGGAGGCGGAGGCAAAAUUGUAUCUUGGUCUGGGCGGUAGCAGUCUCAAGAGCGCGGCCCGAACCAAGGAGUCACCUUGUUCAGCCAGGGUGGACCCAGGCAGGUCGGCCCGAACGAGUCGUUACCGCCGCGUGCUCUCGUGCAAGUGUUAUGCUGAUGGGCAUGAUGCAGUAGUGAAGCGGACAGCCCCUCCUAGGAAAUCGGUGUCGUCGAGGGGAGGCGAGGCGAAGUUACGCGCGGGACGAAGUUGCGCGAGGACCAGAAAGAUGCUGACGCGCGGGACGAAGUCGCGCGAGGACCAGAAAAAUGCUGCCUUUGCAGAGGCCCAGGCGCGUCGUAUUGUGUACAGUAUGCACACCAGGUAUAAGACUGGCCUGCCAGGGCCCCCCCCCACUGGGUGUAGUUCUAUUACCCGAUGGCCCCAGGGAGCCACGGAAG